AUGGCAGAGUUCGAGGAGUCCCUGGAGGAGUUGAAGGGGAAGCAAAAGCUGUACGAAGAGCAGCUGCAGCAAGUGGAAGAAGCUCUGAAGCAAGAAGAAACAGAAGACUUGAAAAGGCUGCAGGCAGAUCUUAAAGAAGUUAUUCAAUUAACUCGGCAUUUGGUGGAGUACAAGCAGCAGCAGGAGCAGCAGCUGGCCGAGGCCCCCGCGGAAGCAGCAGCAGCAGCAGCAGCAGCAGCAGUCGCAGCAGCAGCGGCCACGCAGGAGCCGUCCCCGCAGGGCGCCCAGCCCUCCCCCGCCUCUGCGCAGCAAGAGCAGCAGCAGCAGCAGCAGCAGCAGCAGCAGACUGCGGGCCGCCCAGACGCAGCCCCCACCCCCGCGCCUGCAGCAGCAGCAGCAGCAGCAAAAGCAGCAGCAGCAGAGCAGCCAGCAGCAAGGGGGCCUCUUGUGGGCCGCACUUGCUCUGCAGAAUAUGAGGGGAAAAGAUAUUAUGCUUCAAUUGUGGAGGUCAAGCGAGACCCCAAGGAGGGGGAAAGAGUGGUGGUGGACUUCAUAGGGUGGGGCAACAGAGAAGAGUAUCCGCUGCAGCAAGUUGUGCUGCUGCCGCAAGCCUCAGCAGCAGACUUUCCAGUUGGUGCUGCAGCACAAGCCAUUUACUCUGGAGACGGGCGGUGGUACAACUGCUCGAUCCUGGCGGCCACUCCGUUCGGAUUUCGCGUCCGUUUUGCGGAAUACAAGAACGAAGAAGAUCUCCCGGGAGACAGAAUUCGAUUUCCGAGAAAAAAUACUCCAAAAAACAGACCUAAUGAUAUAAUUACCCCCGGAGGUUACCGCAUUCCGCAGUAUCUGGCGGCGAAGCCGACGGACACCGAGGCGCAGAAAAACAGCAAAAAAAGAAGAGUCAAGGCCAUCAAGCAGCAGCAAAAGACCGAACAGGCCGAGCAGCAGCUCGCAGACAGCGCCAAACUUUGGCAGCAAUUCAACAAAAAGGCGUCGAAGAAGACCAUGCCAGGGUUCAUGACUGGGCGGGGCCACGAGAGCAUUUUUCGGGGAAUAGAAGUGAAGCCAAAUAUAAAUCCUGUGGAAGCAAAUCGGCAGCUGCAGCAGCAGCAAACUUUCCAGCCCCGCAGGAAGCACGACUUCGACGAAGGCAACUUGCCUGACGAGUGA